AGCAGAGCGAGUCGGCAAAGGCGACAUAGAGAGCUGCAGUGAAAGAGGCUGACUGAGAGAGAGAGAGAGAGAGAGAGAGAGAGAGAGAGAGAGUGAGUGAGUCACCAAAUAGCUUGCGCUCUCAGUGUCGGUUUUAUUCCAACCACGGACAGCUGCUGUGAUCGAGCCAGAGAGGAAAGCGAGAGAGACAGACAGACAGAGAGAGAGUUUUCACAGAAAGAGAAGAAGAGAAAAGAGAGGAGAGAGAGGAGAGAGAGGGAUGGACUCAGAUUCGGGUGAGCUGAGUGAAGGAGAGCUUUCUCCAGGGCCUGAGAUCUUCAACUCAAAGAACCUGGCCCUGCAAGCACAGAAGAAGAUCUUAAGCAAGAUGGCAACGAUGGCGGUGGCCAACUUGCUGACGGACGACACAAGCAGCUCCAUCCUUGACGAGCUGUACAAGGCAAGCAGAGAGUUCACCAAGAGCAAGAAAGAGGCACACCGCAUCAUCCGUGACAUCAUCAAGAUUGCGCUGAAACUCGGCGUGCUCUACCGUAACCGCCGCUUCAGCACCGAUGAGCUUGAAGCAGUCGAGCGCUUCCGCAAGAAGCUGAACCAGGCGGCCAUGACAGCCGUGAGCUUUCACGAAGUGGAGUUCACCUUCGACUGUGGCAUCCUGUCUCAACUGCUCCUCGAGUGCAGGGAUCUACUUCACGAAAUUGUGGAGAACCACCUGACAUCGCGUUCACAUGCGCGCAUCGAUUGUGUCUUCAACCACUUCUCCGACACCAACUUCCUGGCUGAGCUCUAUGGCUCAGGAGAAGAGUACAGACUCUACCUGAGCAAAAUCUGUGAUGGGAUAAACAAACUUCUUGAUGAUGGGAUACUUUAGCGACUUCUUAUCUUUCUCCUCGUUUCCUCUUUCUCUUCUGCCCUGUUCCUUUUUCUACCAGCGUGCCAAUCAAUCAGUCUCCUCCAUUUUUUCCUGUUCUAUCUUGCCCUUUCUUCUCUUCUACCAUGUCACCAACACUGUUUCUUCAUACUGAUUCCAUCCAAGUACAUUUCAAAUCACCUAGUGACCAUGAUUCAGAUAGGCUCCACCCUCUGGCACAACAGAUGCUGUUCUAUUGGCCAGAAUUACCACAUGGUCACUACCACUGAUGGUCAUAUGUUUGUGGUAUCAUGGGUGUUAUACUAGUACCAGAGUGAAAUAAAUUGAACAGUACUGUUUACUAAUGCUAUGUGGAUUGUGUUCGCAUGCUUCGAACCGAGCUAGUACACUCUUAGGACAUUUAGAACCCUAAAACUUAGAUAGUUUUGUGAUUAGUAGAAACAUUUUUGGUAGCUAAGACUAAUUAUCAAAGGAACCCUUAAAGAACCCCCACUGUGGUGUUGCUUUAGUAAAAUACUGAGUGACAAGGUGAUGUGAUGAAAAACAGAGUUAUUCUUAUGACCUGGAAGUUGAUUAAUUUCCUAAAACAGCAUGCCCUGUAAUUGUUAUUCUGCUUAUACUCCAGUGAUUUUCCAACAACUUCAAUUUUUGGCUCAGCCGUUGGCUGAAGCCUAUAGAGGCACCUGUCUGUAGGUGUGUGUUUAAUUGAGUUCGAGUGUGUUUAAGAAUGUAAUUGGCGUGCUAACCUCAGGUAGCAAUUCCCCAGUUGUGGCAUGGUGCUGCUGCAUACUGACUAUCUAAUUGCCAUUUUACAUAACCUCAGCUUAUAAUAUAAUCUUCUAUGGCUGAGUGGCUUAGCAUACUAUCCAAAAACAGGCCAGAUUUUGCAACAUCGGUUCAAAUCCUGGCAUCGAUGUAUUUUUGAGCAGGCUAUUUUUCCGAUUGAUGUACCCUAGCUUCUAUCUCCCAGCCAGAAAAAAGCUGAGCUCAGAUCUGCACAGGUCUCUUCUUCUUCUUCAAGUGCCAAAUCAGAGUCUGAUGUUGGCAACCAUGUUUUUGAAACCAGUUCUAUCCCAUGCCAACCGUAACAGGUCCACAGUUCUCAUACCCGUUUUCAAUGCCAGACUCUGCAAAAGGUUCUGUCUUUGUCUUCUUCUCCCCUCCACUCUUCCUUCGAUGCAUAAUUUUUCAAUUGAGUUUUCUUUGAAUAUAUAUAUAUAUAUAUAUAUAUAUAUAUAUAUAUAUAUAUAUAUAUAUCCAAUGAACCUCAAUUGUCUUUGGCAGAGAGUUCAAAUGAGGUUCCUUUUCGUUGACCAACUCCAGCAUUUGUUCUUUUCGAUCCAGGAUAUUCUGUUCUCUUCCAGGCGAUUCAUAUCUUGUUUGCUCAGCAUCCAUGACUCACAUCCAUAGGUCAAGGUGGACCAUACUGUAUGUAGCAUUUCCUAAGUCUUUUGUUUGUGUUCAUUGAUAAGUUUUUGUUUGUGAGGGUACUCGACAUGUCUGUAAAUGUCUUCUUUGCUACUGUAAUCUGUUUUCUGAUUUCAGCGUUACAUCUGCAGUCUUGGGUGAGGAUGCUGCCGAGGUAGUUGAACUGUUCCACUUGUUAUAUUUCUUCGCCAUCAAGAAUAAUUUUGCAUUUUGGGGGGUAUAUUACCGUAUCUUUGGCGAAUACCAUAAUUUUUGUUUUCUUCUUGUUGAUGUUCAGCCCUCUUUGUUCACUUUCUUCUUUCAGAAUUUUUAAAAGUUGUUCUAAAGCUUCUUCACUUUUAGCUAAGAGUACUGUGUCAUCGGCAUAUCUGAUAUUUUGGAGAUGUAUGCCAUUGACGGUGAAGAGCAUCUGGUUUUUUUUUUUACACAGGUCUUUAGUAUAUUUAUUAAAGAAUUACAUCACUACACUUGAUGUCCAUGAAACAAGUCAGUUCCUGUUUUGACUUUAGGUAUCGCAGUUGUUCCUUCCCCAGCCUCUCCUUUUUCUCUGUCUUGGAGAACAAAAAACUCUUUAACUCUGACUGUUACAAAGCGCUGACACUGGAGACGCCUUCCAUAAAUGUUAAAAUUAAAUAAAUUAAAUAAACGAAAUCUUCACCAUAUUAACGAUUAGACACACUUACGUAGACUGUCCACCGUACACAUCCCUAUGAACAAGCCGUUACCAUGGAGACAAUAAUGUAUCAGAGCAAGAGCAUUAAUAUAAACCUGCACUACUGUCAGAGCUGCUGUUAAAGAAAACUAAUCAACACCUUCUGACCAAUCAGAGUCCAGAAUUCAGCAGUGCUGUUAGUUUAAGGCAAAGCCUCUCCUGUUACAGUAUGCACUGAGCCUGUUGGUGUAGAUGUACACUACCGUUCAAAAGUUUGGGGUCACCCAGACAAUUUUGUGUUUUCCAUGAAAAGUCACACUUUUAUUUCCCACCAUAAGUUGUAAAAUGAAUAGAAAAUAUAGUCAAGACAUUUUUCUGGCCAUUUUGAGCAUUUAAUCGACCCCACAAAUGUGAUGCUCCAGAAACUCAAUCUGCUCAAAGGAAGGUCAGUUUUAUAGCUUCUCUAAAGAGCUCAACUGUUUUCAGCUGUGCUAACAUGAUUGUACAAGGGUUUUCUAAUCAUCCAUUAGCCUUCUGAGGCAAUGAGCAAACACAUUGUACCAUUAGAACACUGGAGUGAGAGUUGCUGGAAAUGGGCCUCUCUACACCUAUGGAGAUAUUGCACCAAAAACCAGACAUUUGCAGCUAGAAUAGUCAUUUACCACAUUAGCAAUGUAUAGAGUGGAUUUCUGAUUAGUUUAAAGUGAUCUUCAUUGAAAAGAACAGUGCUUUUCUUUCAAAAAUAAGGACAUUUCAAAGUGACCCCAAACUUUUGAACGGUAGUGUAUGGUUUGUUCAGAAAGCAGUAUCGGGAGAAUUUAUUGCAAUAUUGAUACCGCACUGCCGUAUCACUCCGCCCUAAAACUCAACAGUUGAACAUUUUAGUGUAACACUCCUUCCAUUCUCUUUAAUGUUUUCCUUCAUCCCAUUCCAUCUCACUCUUUUUCUCUUCAUCUUUUCCUCCACUUCUUUAUGGACUUUCACUUCCUCGAACUGAGAGACAGCAUGAACAAUCGCCUGGAUGAUGGCGUGCUUUAGCCACUUACUCCUCUCUGAUCUUUCCUUCCUUUCAGCGUCCGUGCCACAAUUUUGAACUCUGUCAUUUUUAGCACUGUUCCACUUCCUGUACUGUUCUAGACUGGUGUUUCAGCUGAUGUUCUCCUUUCGUUCUUUCUUUCUUUCUCUGUAUGUUUUUUUAAUAUUAUUUUUUCCUCUUACUGUAGAGGAAAGACAGGAUGGUCACAACGCUAUGAUGUAUGUUAUUUGUAUCCAAAUAAUCUGUGUGUGUGUGUGUGUGUGUGUGUGUGUGUGUGUGUGUGUGUGUGUGUGUGUGUGUGUGUGUGCAUGUGUGUGUUCUGAAUUUAGUUGUCAUCACAUGCACCGUAUGACGUUUUAAGAAAAUCACAUGCAAUGAAAAGCGAUGCGACACCAGAAAGUGGCUUUAGCUUGUGUGUAUUGCAUGUGUGUGUGUGUGUGUGUGUGUGUGUGUGUGUGUGUGUGUGUGUGUAAGGGAGGUA